AUGUCAAGUCCUAAAGUGUGUGAAAAUGAAACAUCUCCCUGUUCAAAGAACAAAUGUCCAGCAAAAACCAGAAAUCCAGGGAUCAUCCAUUCCCUUAUCUUAAGGGUCACUAGGAUUUGGCCUUUGAAAUAUAUGAUUAAGAUUCUAAAAAAAAUAGCAUCCUAUGCUGGUGUCUGUAAAGAGGUAGAGAAUGUGGGCAGCACAGAGCAGAAGUCUCCCACAGGAAGACGUUUCCUGAGCGGCAGAAAGAGGAUUGGCAGACUGGCCAGGUUUCUUCUUUCCAUUGCUCCUCAAAGUCUACAGUGUGCGCUGGGGUUCCACUCAACAGAUUUCCUAGCAAAGUCCUCUGGUUCAGAAGAGGUCAGGAAGUCCCCUUUGAAACCAAGCGGGAAGGGCAGCAAGAGGAAACAAGAUGAUAUAGAUAUUGAGGAACAACAUAGCUGGGUGACAUUUAUGAAUGAGGAUCUUCCAGAUGAGGAUCAAGUAGAUGACCCCACUUAUGAACCCAGUAAUUCAGAGACAGAUAGUGAAGAGCACCAUUCCAAAAAUGACACUGAGAGUGACCUUGAGGUAGAAGAGAAAGAUGGAAUUAAGAUGUUAAAAGAAUCUCCGAAAAAAACAGAGGAAGUACAUAAUAAAGAGGAGUCUGUGCAGCAGGAUAACCAAACAUCUGCAAAUGAGGAGCAGAAAGCAAAUCAUGAGGAACAUCAGCCCAAUUCCUCUACAGGUAACACGUUUCUCAUUCUGGGUGCUGCUACAUUUUGA